UGUAUCUGUGGAGCACCAACACAAAAACACAACCACUGUCACUUCUUGGUGUGUCCACAAAACAGUGUACAGGAUAUCACUUCCUCUCAACCUUAUCACAAACUUUCAUCUCUUUAUUACGUCACAUAACUAAUUGUGAUUGUUCUUGUAUGUACUUAAUAAGUCACAAGGUUGAUGAAAACACCUAUAAGACUGUAUGUACCACCAAGGAUAAUCUACACAAUUAAUAUUUCUUAUUAAUGAAGCAGCUAGAUAAAGUAUUUCCUAUGUGGUGAACAAACAUAUAAGAGAAAACUUUGCUUCCAAAAUUAUCAUACAUAGAAUCCCUACUUGCUGUACAUGAGAGUACUAUACACACCCAACACAAUGAUGGGCACAACAUCUUUAAAAAGUCAGUCUUUCAAAUAUUCAUUUUCAAUUUGGUAUGAUCUCUGCCCUGAAAAAUAAACAUAAAUAAAGACUAAUAUAUGGUAACAUGUUUACAUUUUUAUAUAUUACCACAAAGGUAUCUGUAACUGCAAUGAAGAGAUCAAAAGAAUAAAUUCAGAGAAGAUGCAAUCCAAUUUCCCAAUAAAUCUCCCUCAUAAAAUAAAAACCUUUUAUCAUGAAAGAAAGGAAGUUGGGGAGUUUGGGGGGUGACAGUAGGGGAAGGCUCCUGAUACUGUUGUUUUCUCUGUAGCACCACUAGGGAAACUGUACACACAUUGACCGACUUACAUCCCUGCUGUGCUAAACUAAAGGUAACCAAAUCAUAUCAGAGUGCAAAGUGAGUUAUCUCUUCCAAUCUGCAAUGGAGGCACUCCCUUCUACAGUGAAGCAACUAACACAGAGGUAAAAACGACAACAAUCCAGCCUACCAUUGGUCCUCAUGACAGCGGCCUUGAUAGGUGGUUCUGCACUGGUCUACUUCCUUCUUUCGUCAUUGUUGAUCAGCCACCACCAAUCAUGAGUGGAUUACUGACGUCACGGCAACAGUGAAAUCAUGAUCCAAGCAGAUGAAGAAAGGAUCCUGUUGCAGCGGUGGAAACAUAACCAGCUGCCAGGUGUUGCCAGCCACCACACAGGUUAACAAACUGUUAGGUGGUUCGCAUUGUGGUCUUCGACAGUUCGUGCAUCACAAUCACCUGACGAGUGACGGGAGAGAAGGAGUGGACCAGACCCUGACUUCAGCUUAUGUAUUCCUUUUCUUCUUUCACCAUAUGUGAUGAAUGAAGUUGCGCUGCUGUUUUCUGGCGGGGUUAACUCGACGCUUGCAUCUCUGCGGGCUGGUGUUGGCAUAGUGGUGGGUGUAGCGGAAGGUGCAGCGGCCACCCUCCUGCCAGAUUCCCAAAAGAUCUCCACAUCACUGACAUUCACUCAGGUCAAAGACGCAUUCCUUCUCUCCCUGGCCAACUUUUGGUGGUGGUUGGACUUCACACCACAACAGAGCCAUGCACUGAAGAGCCUUUUAGGUAUCCUUUUUAUAAACUUGAUUCUCAUCUUUGUCUCCUGGCACCUUUACGCUCACAGAAUUUCCCACACGCUAUCUUUCAAUAACCUGCGAAUUGUGGAAGACAUAUUAAAGAAGAACACUAACUUCAAACUACCAAAAGAUAAUAGUACGAGGAUCUAAUAGAUAAAAUCAAGGUGAGGACAUUGACACUGUUAUCUCAGGACUAAAAUAAUAAUAGAAAAAUAUGGAUGCCUUCAAGAAGUUUUUUGACAAGAAAAAAGCAGAUGCAAAGUUCAAACUUGCAGGUCAAGGACAAAGCCUCAGCGGAGGUCCAUCACAUCAUUCAGCAUAUUCCCGUACCAGCCACAGUGCACCACAGCCUCGGGUAGUCCCAAAUCAAGAUGUUAGGCAAGCUGGGGCUGCAGCUCUUGCUAGGCUGGAGAGUUCCAAGAAGGGAGAUGUGAACUGGUCAUUGCAGGCCAUCAAGACUCAGGCCCGGCGAGAGCUGGAGGCUGAAAGGGCAGCCAUGGAACAGAUGAAGCUAAAUGAACAGCAGGAGGUGACAGGUCCCCGAGAGGUGCACAUGGACAGUGCUCCAAUGCUGGCUGUCCAGGGUGUAUACUUCCAUUGCCCUCUUAUAGGACCAGAAGUAGCAUCAUAUGAGGAAAUAAAGAAACAGAUCCGUGACUUCCUCUACAGCCAGAUGGAAGAGGACCGAGCCAUCUCCUCUUGCAUCAUUAUCCACACAUGUAACAAGAACAAGGAGAAGAUCAACACCUGCAUUGAAACACUCUGUAAGUAUAUUGAAAACAUUGUGUCAAAUCCCACCGAAGAAAAAUUUCGCAAGAUAAGGAUAUCCAAUAGGGCUUAUCAAGAGAGAAUUCAUCCCAUGGAGGGCACAAAAGAAUUCCUGGAGGCUGCUGGUUUCACUGUUCAAGAGCUGCCCUUCAAUGACACCACUGACAAAUUCUGGGUUUUCCCAGAAGACAAACUCUGUGAUUUAGGGAACCUGGAGCAGCUCCGUGAUGGCCUAGUGAGUGCUGAACCCAUUCGGCCGCAGCUUGAUCGCGGUGUCACAGUGUUGUUCCCAGCCGAGGCAGCAUCACAUGUAGACCUUCCACCUGAGUUUUUCACUUUAACCACUGAAGAGUUGAAGAAAGAAAUGCAGAACCGAGCAACGGCUGUGGAGCGAAGUCAGAUGCUGAUGACGAAGACCAUGAGGGAAAAAUAUGAGAUCAGAGAAAUGAGGAAAUAUAGGUUUAGUCUUAUCAGAGUGCGCUUCCCUGAUGGCCUUAUUCUCCAGGGAACUUUUGGUGUCAAUGAAAAGUUUGAGGAGGUUGUAAAGUUUGUGAGGGAAAACCUUGUCAAUGACUGGAGGCCGUUCUUCCUCAACUUGAGUGGAGGGGGCAAGGUGACUGAGGAGGAACAAACCCUGGUGGAGCUGCGUCUUGUCCCUGCUGUGGUAUUCAAUUUUGAAUGGGACUUUGAGGUCCAGGACCCCAAUCUGGACGACAACGUUUUCCUCCGGCCUGAAACACUGAGUCUCCUGCAAGAGAAGGCCUGAGACUCACACCAGGAAGCCACAUCUCAUCCUGUAACUUAUAUACGUAUAUUGCAUUUCUGUAUUGUUUUCACUCCAAAUCAUAACACUGAAAGGUGACCAAAUGUACCACUACAUUUGGAAUGUUCUUGGAAGGAUGGCUAUUCUAUCCAUAUUUCCAUAGCAAGAAAUGCUGGAAGAGUGUUUUUUUUAAUUCAAGGUAAAAUUUUACUUGAGUAUUUAAACUUUGUCAGACAAUGCACUAUACUAUGUCCAGCCCAUGAUCUAUUGGGAACAUGCUCCUAUGUACAUUUAGUUUGUUGCAGUAUAUUAUUUGUUGUUUUGACUUGAAUGAUAAUGGUGAGAGUUGCCCUGUUUAAAAUAGUACAUUUCAAGCAUGAUGUUCUUUUCUUGUCGUUUGUUAAAGAGCUGUGAAACACUUCAAAAACUUCAAAAAUCAUCAUCUGCAGUGUGUGUGUGUGUAUACAUAUAUAUAUAUAUAUAUAUAUAUAUAUAUAUAUAUAUAUAUAUAUAUAUAUAUAUAUAUAUAUAUAUAUAUAUAUAUAUAUAAAAUGUGUGUAUCAUUGUGAUUGUAGCUUGACACCAUCCCCCAUGAAGUGCACUAAAUUUUGAAUCACUGUAUUUAGAUACCUAUUUUAUCACUGUAUGCUAAAUUGUAAAUGACAUAGUAGGCCUAAUGAUAAAUAUCAGUUCUGGUGUGUGGUGAACAAUCCAUUUGAUGGAGUUGUUCAACUUUAAUCUAGUUUGAUAAAAGACUCACAAUAGGUCGUAUUUUGAUUGGUAGCUACUCGUAAUAUUCUCUCUCAUUAUUUUCCUACCGUUUGGGUUUUCUGACUUUCUCACCUCUUGCAUCUUUGUAUCAGUGACCUUAACCUUUGUGACGUGUAACUUUUUUUUUUUUUUUUUUUUUUUUUGCUGACUUCUUCACAAUUGAAGUUUUCUGAUAUAAUUGAUUUUGAUUAUGUUUUAUUUGUUGACAAGACUUAUUUCCCUGAAUCUGAUGUUGCUCACUGAUCACUUCACAACACUACGAGUAUUGUGUGGUGAGGAGGUGGGUGGUGAUGUGGACUAAACACAAACCCUUACUUUAUACAUUUCUUUUUGGGUGAUGUGCUGCAGACUUUAAAAUACAAGAAAAUAUGUCAAACAGAAAAAAAAAAAAUAAAUAAAUAAAUGGAAGAAAUUAAAA